AUGACUACAGAUCUAGAUCAAUCCGUCUCUUCCGCCAUCUCGGCGCCUUCUCCACAGUUCCACUCGCGGGACACGCGCCUCAUCCGUGAGUCGCGUCUGGCUCCCUCACUACUCUUGUCCUCUCCGCCAUCGAGUCCAUCGACCGCUGGUUCCCCCGGUCAACGAACCUCUCCGCGGAGCAUCACCCUCGAACCCCCGCCUCUUCCAUUCUUAUCCUCAUAUCGCACAACUGAAGAAUCUCGGACCUCCUCACCAGUCAAUCGCAAGGCGGAAAGUAGCAUAUACUACACCACCGCGUGGGGAUCCCCAUAUGCAGCACCUAGCACUCGGAGACUCUCAGUGUCAAAUAGCCAACACGAAUUCACUGGCAUCGACGACGGAUCUGCCCCCACCUCUCCUGUCUCGUCAGUAGCCAACCGCACCGAGUUUCGAAGAUUGAGUGCUGCCGACGAGAACACCCUCGAACCCGUGGACCGUGAUAUCGUCCCAAACAACGGAGAUAAAUCGAUACGGGAAUUUACACAGGAUUGGAUCAACCAGUAUCUUACGGGUCAACCUAGAACGGAGCGCAGCAAUUGGCUCAGCGACGACUCAGGAAGUGAAGCACCGUCGUUCAUCACUGCGAGGAAUCACUUUGCUGACGACGCUUCGGACGACUGGCUUGGUCUGGAAGACGACUUUCGUUCUGACGAUUUGUUGAAAACUCCAACUCUCUCUGAUUUUGUUGGGAAGAAAGCCGCCGCGCGUGCAAAAGUCAACAAAACCUUGCACAAACGCGCUGAUACCCUGAGACAGGAGGACUUUUGGGGUUUCGCUUACGAUAAAGAUCCACCACAAAACAACAUGUCAGACUUGAACACACCGACCGUCGAGGUAAACUCGCCGGUAGAGAAGCCGUUGCCUCCUCCGCCCGCAAAUGCGAUGGAGGAAACUGCAAAGUUGGAAGAACCGUUCAACCCAGUUCCAUCAAAAACACAGGUCUCUGAUAUCAGAUCAGCCACGCAAUCAGUACGGCGGAGAAAGAAGCUGAAUUGGCGUGGGAAAGCCUGCAUAAUUGAACUACCACAUGAUGACAAGAGGGGUUCGCAACCUGGGUAUCGUCUGCUAACACCAGAAGACGUUCAACAGCGGAUGCAAGAAUGGGAGAACAAAGGGUACGAUGUUCGUGGGUUCACUAUUGGCGAUUCCGAGGACCCCUCCACAACGGCGACUCUAGGAGGCCUCAGCCGACCCCUAUAUCCUGACCCAUAUGAGCUGCAUGAAAUUUCCAAGGUCCAACCACUUGUCGUAAACUUCCCAGACAGGGCCAAGUGGGAGUCUUAUAUCACCGAGCUCCAAGAGCAAAAGCUACGCGCCCUUGGAGUAUCAUUUGGCGACGAUGAGCCUGAACAAUCUAUUUCACCCGAUUACUCGCUCAAUCUCAGUGGCACUCCUUUCCCAGGCCUCAUCUCAUCCCCACCGAUUCCUACUACGUCUGCAGCAAGCAACCCCCUUGGCCAUAUCCACCCAUUCUCACCUCACUUCAAUCAACCGUCAAUGCCUACGCCUGGUGCUAUGGGAUCAAUGGCAUCACCUGCUUCACAGUUCGGUAUGCCAACGCCAUUCAUGGGCGCCGAGCAAAAUAUGAUGGGCGGAUUCCCAUACCAAUUCCAGCCCACGCCUCCUGCUCAGGGAUCUAUGACUCCUCAGGGCUUCUUGAAUGCCCGCCAGGCAAUUUCUUCGGGACCAGGGGCAAUGGGCAACUUUUCCUCCAUGCUCUCACCAGUCUCUCCGCUACAUGACCAAGGGUCCUUCCACGCAGGAAUCAAGGAUAAGGGUGUUUUCGAUGCUCAAUUUGGCCAUGGCAUGCACCAGGAGGGCCUACCAUACCAGACUCCCCAGACCCCGGUCAAUGGACACCCAGAUCAUUUCCACGCAUCGAACGUCGAGCUUGCCCAGCCUACACCUCGAGGCCACGGUCAUAAUCUGAGCGAAACUUUGCAGAGAGGACUGGACCAGAUGACACAUACCGACUACCAUCUGGAAGACUCGAUUGACCGACAAUUGGAGGACGAUUACCGGGAUGGCAACAAUCCUACAGGUCUGAAUGCCAGCAUGCUGAAGUCACGCUGGGGAUUGCCAGAGAACGAACACCACCCACCUCACUCCUUUGCCCAGCACCAGCUACCUCACCAAUUCUACGGAGACCAAUACCAACAACACAAUGGCAAUGAUGCGUCUGAUCUCGACACAAAUCCCAGCGUUGCGGGUACUCCGCAGACUCGCCAAGGUCCGUGGCAUGAGGCCCAGACUAGCGGCCACUCCUAUCGUCCAGGCCAUCAGGAGCAGCUCUCGAUUACAUCACUCAACGUUGCAGCUAAGGAAUUUGACCCUACCGCAUCGUUCAAUUCCCAGCCUGUGCCAUUCGGGAAUGACCCAUUCCAGUUCGGUGGCCUGGGCGAGCAAGGGUUCGGGUUUGUCCCACCCCCCGCGUUCACGCCUGGUAGCAGUAUGAACGGCCCAAUGGGCCCCAAGCAGAACCACAAUGCCAAUGGCAGUGGCGCAUUCAAGUUCUCUGCCGCAUCGUUUAAUGUCGAUGCACCUGUUUUCAACCCCAACGCCUCUGUCAACCUCAGCUCAAACCCUACCUCCGAGCAGCCUCCCGCUAGUCGCACCAAGAUCUUUGGCGACAUUGACAUCAGCGAGAUCACCACCCCUGACAAGAAGUCUAAGGCUAUUCCUAUUGUGCGGCCCGAUGAGGUCGAAGAGGAGAAUAACAAAAAAGAGCAAGCUGUUGAAGACGACACCAGUGGUCGACCUGUGCCUACUGACCGCCACAAGCGUGCGCGUCGCGGUGUUGGCCACGCUGAAGGCGAGGCUAGAUAUAGUAUCUCGACCAACCCUCUGGGCGAGGCCGGCAACGCUCAAGCCUCUAGUGCCCUCCAUGCAGUCGCCGAGGGCAAGGAGAAUGCUAUGCCUAAAGAGAACAAUCCAACAGAGCGGACGGGUACUCCUGUUAGCGAAGCUGACACUUGGACCUUGUUCGAUGUGAAGCGUGAAGCUGAGGACGGUUCUCAAGCUGGAUCACCGAUUCGGGCCAUGGCCUCUAAGGACAUUGUUAUCGAAGAACGUGAACCAAGGGAACCUGCUGUGGGAGAUAAUACCUCCGUCACUGUAUCGAAGAGUGUCGAACAUGCUCCUCACGGAUCCAAGAGCUCGAUCAAGAGUACUAGGCUCUCGGCUAAUGCCCAGCCUUUCGAGUUCAAGCCUGCUGUUACUGAGUUUGUUCCCACGACUGUUCAACCAUCUAGCUUUGCUGAGCCAAAGCCCCUUGAGGCAAACGGUACCGACAAGCAGCCCAUCGGAACGCCUGUCAAGAGUCCCGCUGGAAGUAAACCCAUUAAAGCCGGGCUCAUGGCUUCUCGCUUCGCUGCCGCAAGCCCACCUAAGACAACAAUCUCGCCAGAUCACCGUGCUGAGCUUGAGGCCAAUACUCCAAGCCGCGUGGAAACAGGAUUCCUCACUCGCAAAUCUAAACAUUACGAUGACCCAUGGGACUCAGAGUCUGACUCACCUAACGAUGAGGAGCUGAAUGCGGUUAUGCAACAGCUAAACGACGACGACGCAGAUGUCGGCAUCGAGCGGCAAAUGACUCCUUACCACAUGAUCCACGCUACUCCCUUCCAACCACGACACGACCACCUCACCGAGUCGAUGGGUGGUCCCACAAAGGAACAACGGUUUGGUUCUGCGGAGGCCCGAAGCGAAGCCCCCAGCCCGAGCCCCGGUGGAGUCCCCAAGACAUACAAGCUUAGCAUUCCUAAACUUGGCUCGGAUAUCGAUGGCAACAGCAAUGCUACCUUCUCUCCGCAGAAGAGCCUUAUCUCCCGUCUUCAGUCCCCUGUUCGUCACCUUAUCACUGAGAAUGACCAUGUCAGUGACUGGGAUGACAUGAUCUCCGCCGGUGAAGAUGAGAAGUUCAUGAACCGCAACCGCUUCUUCGACCGUCGCAUCAAUGAUCUUGUUGGCUCCGCUAUCGACGAACGCUUAGGCCCUAUGGAGCGAGCCUUGGCUGUCAUUCAGCAGUCGGUGGCUUCUAUUGCCACUGACACCGCAAGUAGAAAGGUCUUCCGCAGCACAUCAGCUGAGAUGGAAGACAGUGACGCCGAUGAUGAGGACGAUGAUGGCGAGGAGGCUUUGGUUCGCGAACGCUCGCCCCACAACAUGAGGGAGCGCAAGUUGGAGAUGCUCAAGAAUGUCGUCAUGGAAGCUUUAGUUACCCAUGACAUCCCUCAACGUGUUUCCCCGCACUCUAGCCAUAGCGAGAUCUCGCAGCUCAAGGAAAGCAUUGCUGAACUGCAGGCUCUCACGAUUAAGAAGCUCGCUCAGGACCCUGUUGGUGAUAUGCGUGAGAUUAUCGAGGAAGCCAUGGCCAAGCAAUUGGCUCAGCAGGUCGCGUUGCAGAAACCCCCGAGCCCCCGACUAUCAGAGGCCGAGGAGAUUGGUGCUGACAGCCUUAUGCUUCAAAUUGACGGCCUCAAGAGCAUGUUGCGAGUCGCCGAUGAGCGCGCCGAACAGGAGUACAAGGAACGCCGCGAUGCACAGGAUGCUAUUUCUGAGCUCCAGCGUUUGUUGAAGUUCGCAGAGGAAGAUGCUGCUCGUCACAGUGCUGCUGCAGAGGAUGCUGAGUCUCGUCUCCUCCAGUUCAAGGAAGAGAAGAUUCCCUACUUCGAGAAGAUGCAGUUCCGCACUGAGUCUCUCUCUGAAGAGAGCGAGACUCUCAAGGUUACUAUUGCCGAGCUAUCCACGAAGAACAUCGCGCUUGAGGGUACCCUCGACGAGUACCGUCUUUCUAGCGACACCUUCCGCCGCCAACUGGAGACUACCAAGAGUGAGAAUAAGUCUCUUCAUGAGACUAUCGAUCACCUGAGAACUCGCAUCGAAGACAGCAUGAUCUCGCGCCAGAACCUCACCGAAAAGUUCGACCGUCUGCAAGAUGACAUGCUCAGUGUCACUGCUGAAAUUACCCGCGAUCAAGCUGCCUGGCGCAGAAAGGAGGAAGAACACUCUGCUAAGUACAACGAGCUGCGCGCGUCGCAUUCGCGCGAGCUCCAGUUGCGCGAGAAGCUCGAGGAGGAUGUUCGCGAAUUCGAAAAGAACGAGCGGGAGGCUACGAAGUUGAGGUUCAUCCAGGAGCAAUCUCAGCGAGAGAAUGCUAGAUUGGAGGAACUGAUCACCAGUCUCCGGGCGGAGAAUCAUGAGCUGCAAAUCCAGGCUGCUCGAUUCGAGCGGGAGUUCAUCGAAGCCCGCGAGAGCAGCCGCGUCGAGAUACAGCGCACUCGCUCCUCGAUGGAGGCAGAUCUUGAAGCUUCUAACAGCCAGGUCAAUAUUGUGCGUGCCGAGCUAGAGGCCCAGAUCAUUUGUCUGCAAACUCAACUUGACAAUAACCGCAUGGAUGCCGAUACCACUCGCGAGCGCUAUGAGCUUCUUCUCGAGGAGGCCAGGGACUCAAAGGCUGCUGCCCUAGCUGCUAAGGACCUUGCCAUCGAUGAGACCCGCAAGACGCAUGAGCGCGUUAUCAAUGACCUGCGUGAACGUCACGCUCGCGCUUUGCAUAACUCUUCAGAGGAUCGUGCUCGCGGUGAAUCUCAUAACAUGGAGCGCAUGGCUUUGUCCGAGGACAAGGCUAACCACCUGCAAGAGCGCGUGAACCUCCUUGAAGAGAAGCUUGAGAUCGCCCAGGCUGCUGCCCGUGCCGCUGCUGAGGCAGCUCACAGCGCCAAGACAAGCACAGCUUCCGCACCCUCGCACUCGCGGGCGACACCAUCCAUGUCAUACAACAAGGGAUCCGCAGAGCCCGAGAAAAUCUCCCCUCAAGCCCUGCGCGAGUCAAUCUUCGUCCUUCAGGACCAACUCCAGCAGCGCGAGACACGCAUCGAGGAGCUCGAACAAGAAGUCUCCGCGAUAGAUAAAGAUGCACCAAAUAAGAUCAAGGAGAAGGACACCGAGAUCACCUGGCUGCGUGAGCUCCUAGGCGUCCGCAUUGACGACCUGCAAGACAUCAUUCAGACUGUGUCCAAGCCCGCCUUCAAUCAGCAAGCCGUCCGCGACGCAGCCAUCCGUCUUAAAGCCAACCUCCAAAUGCAGCAGCAAGAAAAGGAACGCCUAGCAACUGGUCAUCUCCCCUCCCUCGCCGAUCUUGCCGCCUCGCCUCGCUCUCUUCCCCUAGCCGCAGCCGCCGCCUGGGGAAAUUGGCGCAAAGGUCGCGAAUCCGCUGCCGACAGCUCUGAACAAACCCCAUCAAAGCCCAGCAACGCGAGCACCUUCCUCUCAGGCCUGCUAACACCCCCGAGCUCCCACGUCCGAGAGCACGGUACUGGCCCGCAGACUAGCGCUGCCGCGCGAUUUGCGCAAACUCGCCCGUUGAGAGGCCCAAGACGCGGUUCGGUUCGCAGCCAGGCACCUAUCACGGAACCGCCUCAAACGCCGCCUCUUCUCCGUCGCUCAAGUUAUGACCAUGACGCUGAGCCGGCGAACUAUGAGGAUGGGAGCUACGCGGAUGAGAACGAGAGUACCGUUGAUGGGAUGGUUUCGGCUUCGCCGAAGGAGAGGGACGAUGAGGGUCCAUUUGGGCCUCAGAUUGACGAGGCUGAAGCCGAAGAAAGUGAUCUCCAAGCCGACGCUGACGUCUCCUCUUCUGAUGAACCCUCCACUGAGGAAGAGUGA